AUGAACUUAAAUUUUCAAUUAACUAUCGAUCAAGAUAAUAAUCACUUACCUCCAUACUCAGAUAAAGUGAUACUACCGUCUCAUGUCUUAUCGGAUGUUAUUAAAAUUCUUCCAGAUGAAAUUUUACCACAUCCAUUAAUAUUCAAAAUUUCCGCUAUAAAUGAUGGAGAUGUUGAUGAAAAUAGUACAUUUAUAGGAGUUAAAGAGUUUUCUUCACCUGAUAACACAAUACAAGUACCUAAAUAUAUUUAUAAAAAGUUAAAUAUUUCAAUUUCAACCGAUGUCAAUAUACAAUUAAUCCAAAGUGUCCCCAAGGCAACUUCAUUAAUUAUUAAGCCAAGGUAUUUUUACUCAGAUAUACUAAAUUGGAAAUACUUUUUAGAAAACAAAUUAAAUAAAUACUAUACAGUUUUAAAACAAGGUGAAACCAUAAUAAUUGAAGAUAAUGAAUUACGUUAUGAAUUGUUUGUUGAAAAUUUAAAUAAUGGGUACGAUGGGUGGACUAACAUAAUCGACACUGAUAUAAUAUUGGACGUAAUUGCAAGUAAUGAUGAAGAUGCAAAAGCUCAAUUAGAUCAACAACAAAAUAUCAAUGAGGAAGAAAUUGCAGAUUCUGUUGAAUUGGAGGUAGGUAGCUUUUUAGACUCAAAGUUCAAACCAUUAUUGUUUAAAAUUGACUUAACAAAGUUUAAAAGCAAAUUAUUUAUAAAAUUAUCUGGAAGCAAUUUGUUGAAUACUGAUGUAAUUGUUGGAUUUGAUAAGUUGGUAAGUUUAGAAAAUUUCAGAUAUACUACAAUGAAUCAAGAUGAGAGUAUAGAAAAUGGUGAUCUAGAAUUCAAAUACAUAGUAGUGGAUCUCAACACAGAUGAAGUUAUAAACAAAUUGAAUAGAAAUGAUAUAGAUGAUUCAUAUAAAUAUUUGUACUUGAUACCGUUUACAUGGGAUAAUAAUGAAAAUAUUCAAAUUGAAUUGCUAGAAAACUUUCCUAUCGAAACCACACCAAUCAAUUCCGAUUCCACACAAUGUGAAAACUGUUUAAAAUACAUUUCAAACGAUAAAGUCACACUUCAUGAAGUUUAUUGUAAAAGAAAUAAUACUAGAUGUCCUAAAUGCAACAAAGUAUUUUUGAAACAAAUCCCAUCAAGUCAUUGGCAUUGUCCACUAGAUAACUUUCAUACAGAAUCUGAAUUAAUAAAGUUUAAACACAAUAAAUUUUAUCAUUUAAAUAAUUACUCAUGUUGUAAUUUAAGCUUUCCAGAUUAUUUUAAUUUAAUUUUGGAUCAUAAAUCAACUAUUUGUCCAGAAAAAUUGAUCCUUUGUCGAUUUUGUCAUUUAAUUGUAAAACAAGAAUUGGCUACAUAUCAAGAUAAUUUUGAAAAUUUAACUCACCAUGAACAUUUAUGUAGUGUUAAAACGAUUGAAUGUUUCAAAUGCGGUCGAAUUAUAAAACAAAAAGAUUUAACUAAACAUUUAAAAUCUCAUGAUCUUGAUAAGAUAGAAUAUAAUAAAAAACAAUCAUCAAUAAUUAAAUGUUCAAAUAUAAAUUGUAUAAAUAUCAAAAAUGAUUCAAAUGAAUUUGGUCUAUGUGAGUUUUGCUUUGGUCCAUUAUAUAGUACACAAUUUGAUCCAGAUAAAAAGAAAUUCAAAAUGAGAUUGGAGAGAAGAUACAUGAUUCAGUUAUCUAAAGGUUGUGGAAAUGAAUGGUGUAAUAAUUAUUAUUGCAAAACAUCAAAUUUAAAUUUAGUUAAAGAUAAAACUAUAAAAGAUUUAUUGAAUAUGAUCAAUAAUGAGUUAAUAUCAAAGUUGAAUGAGUUCUACUUUUGUGUAAGUCAAAGUAUUAGCAUUAAAAAGGUUCUAUUUGACUUGAUCAAAUCAGAAAAUGAAUAUGGUGAGUCAAUAAUUUUGAAAGCAAUUAAUGAAAAUAAAACGUCUAAUGAUGAAAAUGGUAUAAGGGCAUGGUUAGACGAAAAUGGCAUUAAGAAACAUGACUAA